GGGCGGGGUUUCUGGGUCCCGCCCGCUGAGGGCCCGCCCAGUAGCCGCCCUGGGGCGGGGCUCCCCUCGGCUCCCGGCUGCCUUUUCCCCUGCGGACUCUCUCCGGGCUGCAGUGUCCCAGCCGAGCUCCGGACACGUGCUGAGGGACCAGCUGUGGACUUUGGGAAGAUGCAGCUCCAGGAUGACUUGAAAGUAGGGCAUCCUUGGCCCUCCUGAAGAGAGGAAAUUAGUGGCAGAUGGACAGUCUGUAUGGAGUUAUCAGAUGCCUUUACCUGAGUGAGAAACCUUCCUCCACUGGGACCUCAGAUGUCUGACAGCCCUUUGUGACACCAAGAUAAGUAAUAGUUGUCUGCUGGUUCUCAGCUUGAAGAAGAUUCUACAGUCCUUAUUGAUCCUUUUUCUUGGCGUUACCAUUUUUUGAAGCAAAGUUAACCUAGUUUUCUAGUUUGAGCUUUCUUUUUGGCCAUCUUCUAAAAAAUUUUUUUUUAAUCUAUAAACUAGACAAGAGAUAGUUCUACAAUGUCCAAGUCAUUCCAGCAGUCAUCUCUCGGUAGGGACUCGCAGGGUCAUGGGCGUGACCUGUCUGCAGCAGGAAUAGGCCUUCUUGCUGCUGCUACCCAGUCUUUAAGUAUGCCAGCAUCUCUUGGAAGGAUGAACCAGGGUACUGCACGCCUUGCUAGUUUAAUGAAUCUUGGAAUGAGUUCUUCAUUGAAUCAACAAGGAGCUCAUAGUGCACUGUCUUCUGCUAGUACUUCUUCCCAUAAUUUGCAGUCUAUAUUUAACAUUGGAAGUAGAGGUCCGCUCCCUUUGUCUUCUCAACACCGUGGAGAUGCAGACCAGGCCAGUAACAUUUUGGCCAGCUUUGGUCUGUCUGCUAGAGACUUAGAUGAACUGAGUCGUUAUCCAGAGGACAAGAUUACUCCUGAGAACUUGCCCCAAAUCCUUCUACAGCUUAAAAGAAGGAGAACUGAAGAAGGCCCUACAUUGAGUUAUGGUAGAGAUGGCAGAUCUGCUACACGGGAGCCACCAUACAGAGUACCUAGGGACGAUUGGGAAGAAAAAAGGCACUUUAGAAGAGAUAGUUUUGAUGAUCGUGGUCCUAGUCUCAACCCAGUGCUUGAUUAUGACCAUGGAAGUCGUUCUCAAGAAUCUGGUUAUUAUGACAGAAUGGAUUAUGAAGAUGACAGAUUAAGAGAUGGAGAAAGGUGUAGGGAUGAUUCUUUUUUUGGUGAGACCUCGCAUAACUAUCAUAAAUUUGACAGUGAGUAUGAGAGAAUGGGACGUGGUCCUGGUCCCUUACAAGAGAGAUCUCUCUUUGAGAAAAAGAGGGGCGCUCCUCCAAGUAGCAAUAUUGAAGACUUCCAUGGACUCUUACCGAAGGGUUAUCCCCAUCUGUGCUCUAUAUGUGAUUUGCCAGUUCAUUCUAAUAAGGAGUGGAGUCAACAUAUCAAUGGAGCAAGUCACAGUCGUCGAUGCCAGCUUCUUCUUGAAAUCUACCCAGAAUGGAAUCCUGACAAUGAUACAGGACAUACAAUGGGUGAUCCAUUCAUGUUGCAGCAAUCUACAAACCCAGCACCAGGAAUUCUGGGACCUCCGCCUCCCUCAUUUCAUCUUGGGGGACCAGCAGUUGGACCAAGAGGAAAUCUGGGUGCUGGAAAUGGAAACCUGCAAGGACCAAGACACAUGCAAAAGGGCAGAGUGGAAACUAGCCGAGUUGUUCACAUCAUGGAUUUCCAGCGAGGGAAAAACUUGAGAUAUCAACUAUUACAGCUGGUGGAACCAUUUGGAGUUAUUUCAAAUCAUCUGAUUCUAAAUAAAAUUAAUGAGGCAUUUAUUGAAAUGGCAACCACAGAAGAUGCUCAGGCUGCAGUGGAUUAUUAUACAACCACACCAGCAUUAGUAUUUGGCAAGCCAGUGAGAGUUCAUUUAUCCCAGAAGUAUAAAAGAAUAAAGAAACCUGAAGGGAAGCCAGACCAGAAGUUUGAUCAGAAACAAGAGCUUGGACGUGUGAUACAUCUCAGCAAUUUACCUCAUUCUGGCUAUUCUGACAGUGCUGUCCUCAAGCUUGCUGAGCCUUAUGGGAAAAUUAAGAAUUAUAUACUGAUGAGGAUGAAAAGUCAGGCCUUCAUUGAGAUGGAGACCAGAGAAGAUGCAAUGGCAAUGGUUGACCACUGUUUGAAAAAGGCCCUUUGGUUUCAAGGGAGAUGUGUAAAAGUUGACCUGUCUGAAAAAUACAAAAAAUUGGUACUCAGGAUUCCCAACAGAGGCAUUGACUUACUGAAAAAAGAUAAGUCCCGGAAAAGAUCUUACUCUCCAGAUGGCAAAGAAUCUCCAAGUGAUAAGAAAUCCAAAACUGAUGGUUCCCAGAAGACUGAAAGUACAACCGAAGGUAAAGAACAAGAGGAGAAAUCAGGAGAAGAUGGUGAAAAAGAUACAAAGGAUGACCAGGCAGAACAAGAACCUAACAUGCUUCUUGAAUCUGAAGAUGAGCUACUUGUAGAUGAAGAAGAAGCAGCAGCACUGCUAGAAAGUGGCAGUUCAGUGGGAGAUGAGACAGAUCUUGCUAAUUUAGGGGAUGUGGCAUCUGAUGGGAAAAAGGAACCUUCAGACAAAGUUGUGAAAAAAGAUGCAAAUGCGAGUGCUUCAGCAACUGCGAAGAAAAAGCUUAAAAAGCGUCGUUUCCCAGGGAGUAUGGAAGGUUUUGUCACUCUAGAUGAGGUUGGUGAUGAGGAAGAUUCGGAACUUCAGAAACUUCGUAAAUCGGGCAUGGCAUUUAAAUCUGGUGACAAAAAUGAUGAUGGUUUGGUUGAAAUUAAGGUGGACAAGAUCGAGGAACUUGACCAAGAAAAUGAAGCAGCGUUGGAAAAUGGAAUUAAAAAUGAGGAAAAUACAGAACCAGGUGCUGAAUCUGCUGAGAAUGCUGAUGAUCCCAACAAAGAUACAAGUGAAAACGCAGAUGGCCAAAGUGAUGAAAACAAGGAGGACUAUACAAUCCCAGAUGAGUAUAGAAUUGGACCAUAUCAGCCCAAUGUUCCUGUUGGUAUAGACUAUGUGAUACCUAAAACAGGGUUUUACUGUAAGCUGUGUUCACUCUUUUAUACAAAUGAAGAAGUUGCAAAGAAUACUCAUUGCAGCAGCCUUCCUCAUUAUCAGAAAUUAAAGAAAUUUCUGAAUAAAUUGGCAGACGAACGCAGGCAGAAGAAGGAAGCUUAAGAUGUGCAAGAAGCUUAAUGAUUUCAAAGAAAAUAAUGGUUCUUUGUUUUUAAAUGUUAACCUUUUUUAAAUACAAUACAGAUAGUUAGAAGAAAACUAUUGUACUCUUUUGUUAUAGUGGAAAAAUAAUAGACGUCUGUUCAUGUGUUAAGUGUUAUAGCAAAAAUACAUAUACGGUUAAGUUAAUGAAGAAUUGUUUUUGUUUUAUCAAAAUGGUAACAGACAGAAAUACUUGGUAGAGACUGACUUCAUAUGCUACUUAAGACACUUGCAUCACUAAGAAAGAUACGUAGAAACAUUCAGAGAAAUGAAAUUUAGUAGUUCCAAGCUUCAAAGAAAUGUCAAAACUUUUGAUUCCAUUCAAUAAAGAACAAAACCAAUUGUAUUUUUAUUACUUUCAUCUGAAACAUUCCACAUUUUAAUCUGAGCCUUUCAGACUUUUCAUUUGCAGUUCGAAGCAUUUUUGGUUUUGUUUCAUUUUUUGAGAACUUAAUGUGAGAUUGGUAAUUAAAAUGCAGGUGCAGUUUUCUUUUAAUGUCAUGCUGUUUAGGUAAUAAGAAAUAUUAAGUAAUUGGCUUUAGAUUUUGUAAUUUUUUCCCUAAGUUCCUGCUAGAUUUCGUAUUCUAGUAGUCAAUGUAUUUUUCAGUGAAAUGUAAAAAUAUUCCCAUUCUCUUUGACCAGUAUUAAUUUCUUGAGAUAUUGCUUGUCACUUGAAUCCUGUAGCUGUCAUACAUCUGGUAUAAGCACAUUUGAUUUUUGAAGUGUGUAGACCAUCUCUUCAUAUUUUCAAGAUGUAAUUUUACAUUUCUGCAUUUUAAAAACAGUUUGGCCAUAAUCUUAGACGCACGCUUCUAAUUCAUAUACUGCAUAUGUGACCUUUGUGAACAGAAAUUUGCAUGUAUAAUCUGUGUUUACUUGUAACUUUCUGGUUAUAUACUGCUUAUAUCUGUGGAUUCAAGUUUCUGAAGUGAGUACCAAUAAAAAAAAAAAAACCUAGGCCAUGUUCAUUGGUUAUACAUGUUUGAAAUGUUAACCAAUAUAUUUGUCAGUUGUGGUUUUUAUUCACUGUUACACUUUUUUGCAUGCUUUAACAAAUUAUUAUUUUUAAUUUAGAGUGUUCUAAAGACUGCUACUAAAGAUCUGAGUUUUAAAGCUUUUGGUGCUGGUGGAUUUCUUGUUGCUGUUACAUAACUGAAAAUGGGACUCUUCAUAGUUUUUUAAAAUCUUGGAGUUGUAAGAUGUUAAGGGUGAGGAAAUGGUAAAAGCUGAUGUUUAGACAUGUCUAAGUAUUUAACGAUAAAAUUGGAAGUAACAUGGAAUAACAAGAAUUGGUUUUACCAGCCUUUCAAAGUUGUUGGGAUUAUAGGUAUAAGAGAUUAUUGUCCAACAAAUUUUUAAUUUAAAAAAAAUAAGAAUUUAAGGGAUUCUCUUUGAAACUCAUAGGUCCAAGUGUAUUGAAGGAUAUAUCAAAUAGUUGAAAGAAAUAUUAUUAUGAUCUACCACUGAGGGGCAAAUGACACUUUUUUAAAUGUAACAUGCACAAAAAAUCCUUGCCAGUUUACUUCUGUAGUUUAAUUUUGGCCUUUACUAAUUACCUGCUUUUGUUUAACUCCAACUUUUAACAGCAGCUACACAAAGCAUUUUGUGUAC